CCCCGCAGCCUGUCCCGGCUGCGCGAAUGCCCGGGCCGCUCCCGCAUAGUGCUGGCGCUCGGGGCUACGCAGAUGGCGCUCGGAUGCCUCAUCGUGGCUGUCAGCUUCGCCGCCCUGGCGCUCACCACCUCGGCCCGCGUCCGCCACUCCUGCCCCUUCUGGGCCGGCUUCUCGGUGCUGCUGUCUGGACUCAUUGGUGUCGUGUCAUGGAAGAGGCCUCUCUCCCUCGUGAUAACCUUCUUCAUGCUGCUUUCUGCGGUGUGCGUAAUGCUGAACCUGGCCGGCUCCAUCCUUUCCUGUCAGAAUGCUCAGCUCGUCAGCUCCCUGGAAGGCUGCCAGCUGAUCAAGUUCGACAGCGUGGAGGUGUGCGUCUGCUGCGAACUGCAGCACCAGUCAUCCGGCUGCAGCAACCUCGGGGAGACGCUGAAGCUGAACCCGCUGCAGGAGAACUGCAACGCUGUGAGGCUGACCUUGAAGGACCUGCUCUUCAGCGUGUGCGCCCUCAACGUCCUCUCCACCAUCGUCUGUGCGCUGGCCACAGCCAUGUGCUGCAUGCAGAUGGUCUCCGCGGACAUCCUGCAGAUGUUCUUCCCACAAAGGCCGCUUUCCACCAAUCCCGCCUGCGUGACUCCCCACGGCACGGUUCUGCACCAGACCCUGGAUUUCGAUGAGUUCAUCCCCCCGCUGCCGCCUCCGCCCUACUACCCACCAGAGUACACCUGCACGCCCUCGGCGGAGGCCCCGAGGGGCCUCCACCUGGACUUUGCUGCCUCCCCAUUCAGCACUCUGUAUGAUGUCGCUAUCAACAGCCCGGGCAUGCUGUACCCUGCAGAGCUCCCGCCACCAUACGAGGCCGUGGUGGGCCAGACCCCGACCAGCCAGGUGACAAGUAUGGACCACCAGGUAGCAGAGCCCAGCUCUGGGGACCCAGCCACCACCGCUGGCUUCAGCACACCAGCUCCAGCCAGUAGCCCAAGCCUCGCAACCUCAGAGGGCGCAACCUCACUUGGCCUGAGUCACUCGUCCCCUGCUGGGACUGCAGUCACCCCACCACCCCUGCCACCUGCACCAAGCUCCCACCACAUGUCCCCAGAGGCGACAGAUACAAGCAUACAAGCACGAGCCAGUCCUGGGCGUGUGGCCCGCUCUGCCAGUGACCCCAUCUCCUGCACAUCCAGCGAGGCAGUUUCUGUGUCGCACUCUGCCAUGGCUGCCUGUCAGCACCAGCUCCCACCCCCCAGGGACCCUGAAGCCUGGAAAAUCAAGCAAGAGACAGAGCCUGAGACCUUACAGGUGGUCUCCAAAGAACGGCCCCGUUCAUUAGUGGACAGCAAGGCCUACAUGGACACCAGGGUUUUGGUGGCUAAAUUUUUGGAACACUCACACUGUGCCCUCCCUCCUGAGGUGCGGCACGUGGUAGGCACCAUCCGCUCAGGGGUCCCCUCUGAGGACCGCCCUGUGGAGGAGGCCAGCUUUGGUGCUGGUGUCGUGGACCAGCUGUGAAGCAGCUACAGGUGUGGACGUGGACGCCGACAGGCCUGGCACCUUGCAUGGGCAUUUGUCACCAGAAGAUGGGGAGGUGCUUUCAGCAUGGCGUGGCAGUGGACACUGGGAAACACCCAGGAGGCU